UUUUCUUUCACUUUUCUAUGUGACAAAGGAGAAAGCAAAAGGGGUUAAUUGUGUAAAAAAAAGUAAGAAAAAAAAGAGGUGGGUUUUAUGAGCUGAUGCUGAAAUUGGGUUUCUCCAAUAGCAUGGAUCUUGGCAAAUCUUGGAAUAGUAGUAGUAGUAAUAGUAGUGUUGUCAGCUCUUCCCAUAGUUUUAAUUUCAGUUACUUCCAUUCAUUAACGUCAGCUCUCUUGUUUUUGUCUUUUGGGAGUUCAGUUUCAGUACCCAAAAUGGUCUUAUUUAAUUUCUCAACCAUUAUACCUUCUUUUGAUGAUGAUUUGAUUGUAAAGUUUAAAUCUUUUUCAUUUUCUUGAAGAAGAAAGACUCCAAUUUAAUCAACAUCACUCUCUCCUCAACUGUUUCUUUUGUUUGUUUGCUUAGUUUUCUUGAUUGUUUAGUCUUGUAUCGUCAGCCCCCUUUUGUUUUUGUUCUCUUUUUAAAGACCUAGAGAAUGCUGUGUGCAUCAUUGCCAGGGUUGAGUCAUCAACAGAUGUUGGUUGGAGGUACUGUCAAGGAACUUUCAGCAGCUAUGGCUUCUUUGAAUGUUUAUAGCAGGUGUGGUUUUGAUGGUCGUGUUGGAUGUUGGAUUGGGAAUGAGAAAGGAAGAUGGAACAAAUUGGCUGCUGCAAGUACAAUGGCACCAAAGAAGAGGAGGUUGAGCAUUUCCCCUCUGGCUUCCUCUGCUCUGGCAGAAACCCCAUAUACAUCUAGAGCCGAAUUCUAUCACGAGGUCCUUAACGAUGCUAGAGAAAAAUUUACCCAGGAGAUAUCUUUCCAAUCCAAGGACAAAGAUAUUUCUUUGGCAAAGGCUUUGCUUUACGUGGCCUCUGAAGAUGAGGCAUUUAUGGCUUUCAACCGGGAGAUGGAUGCUCAUUCACUCCAAAUUGAGAGGAGAUCAGCUUCAUUGGCUUCUCAUGCCACAGAUUGGACUUGCGUGGAGGCCAUGCCUCUUGCUGGAAAAAAUAUGAAUGAAUGGAUGGUUGAGUUGGAUGUUAUUGCGAGAGAAGUGGAGGCGGAGCUAGUUUCAAGAGAAAUAGGAUGCGAUUUGGUUGAAGUUUUAGAUGCCGUGAAUAUGGUGCUUUUCAAGUCAAGGGGUUUCAAAAGGUCACCUGUACUUGUGGAUUCAAAGUGUGCAUACCUGCAUUCAGUAUUAAGCUCUGGAUAUUGUAGUGCAAUUUUGCUUAGUGUCAUUUAUAUUGAAGUCUGUCGAAGACUUAAUCUGACCAUUGUGGGAUCCCGAGUUGGGGAAGAUUUUUUGAUAUGGCCUCAAACUGGAAACCCUGAGGAGCUAUUCAAGGUUAUCUCUGGUCAUAGCUUGUUUGGUAUUGUUAAUGGGAAGUGUGUCGAUGACCCUAGAGCAAAGGCUUCUGACAUCAAUAGCAAUUCUUUGCCGGGGCUUGAGUUAGCAACAAACCGAGAUAUUAUUGGAAUUGCUUUGGCUAAUUUGAUGAGGCUUCACUGGAAACGUGCUUCAAGAGCAAAUCAUGGUUUGAUGCUGACUUCUCCGCUUAGAUCUGUUGAUCAUGCAGAUGAUAAGUCUAGCAAGACUAGUUGUCUGAAUGUUCCAUUGUUGCGGCCUCAAGAUUUGAGGUUCAAGAUGCUAAAUUGCAACCUUUGGCAUGAGAAAAGGAGAAUUGAGAAUAUUGGACGCAUAUUGUUAUUUUAUUGAUUCUGACAUACUACUAAAACUCUAACAUUCCACUAAAAUAACCACUUAAUCAAUCUUGCUGCGAUAUAAUAGAUGCUUAUACCUCCAUUUAAGUUUAUAACAUAACGAACUAUAGGGUAAAAGAUUCCUCACUGAUCUAGCUUCAUAUUGGUAUUAAAAGCCCUUUCUAUUUCAAUAUACUGAUCAAAUUGAAAAUGACUAGAUACUGCAUUAUGCAGAUAGAUUGACUUUCUUUUUACAUACUUUUAGCCUCUUCGCCCUUUUACUCCUUUAAUGUUGUUUCUCUUCACCUCUCCGACAUUCCUUUUAGAAAUCCAAGAAAGCUAACCUUAUCUUUCUCCCUUUCUGAUCUUUAGGAUUUGAUGCUCUUUUUAGAUACUGUAGAUACAAAAUAUACCAUGUUUGGAUGCAUUUAUUAUAUUUGAUAGUUGAGGCCAACUAUUCGGGGUUUUUUGUUCCACCAAAUCUAUUAGUUUUUCUUACAAAAUCAAGUCAAUCUCCUAACCAAAUGUUGUUAAACAGGCAAAUAUGCUUGCCUGAUGAUCAACCAUUAAUUACUUGGAAAAGGAAGUGGUAUGCUGGGGGCGGGGGUGGGGUGUUACAGAAGUAACAAUGAUACCUCAUCCACUGCCACAUAGAAAUGCAUGAUGGUCUUUUUGCAUCUACAUUCUUUUUUAGGGGAGUAUCUGUUUCUGUUUAGAAAUAUCCAUUCAGCACUCUUUCCUGCUUUUUUCUUCUGUUGUGCAUAGUAUUGAGAUGGUAAUAAUUGGUACCCGUUAUUUCUUCGUUGUAUAUCAAGUAACAAUGAAGUAGGAAUUGAGUCAUUUGCCAAAUUGCAGUACACACAUGGGACAUAUAGAGUUUUUAAGCUAUCAAAUAGGGCCAUAACACUACUUGGCAUUUAAUGAUUAUCUUUUAAGCAUUAUGUUUUAUCUAACGUGCAGAACCAUGCUAGUCUCGAGUAAGGAUGGAUCAUUUUCCAUCUUACUUUUCUCGAUGAUAAGCAAAACGAUCCAAGAUUUGUGUAUUUUCUUAACUAAUUGCAGGUGUUGUGCUUAAAUUAUGGUUUUUCUGGUUAUCACUCAGAUUUCUGACCUUUGCAUUAGGUCAUUAACUUGUAUCUGUAUGUAAUAUCUGUUCACUUAUAAUGACAUUAUGUCUCUCUGGAAUGGCACAAUACUUUCUAGGCUGGCCAUUAUGGCUUCAGAAAGAUUGCUCAUUCUGCAGCCACACAAUUGGGCUCUGAGGAGAGACCAUGGAAUGAUGUUGUACUAUAG